CCUUCUCAUCUGAUCAACCCCCUCGGUAACGCUUCGUUAAUUCACAGGCAGAGCUCAGUGAAUUACAACACCUCUCAUGUGAUCCCAUGGUAGAGGCGAGUCGUUUGGUCACGCUUGAAGCGUAUUUAGCCCACGGAAGAUGGAGAACGGAGCUACUCGCAAAAGGCGGCGUUCUUGUCUCUCUCACUGUCUCUCUCUCUCCUUCUCUCCUGCUAUCCACCUAAACCUGAUUCUUUUUCUUUGAGGGGAUGAGUUCCCAUUUAUCCUCUCCUUCCCGUUCCAUUUUUUGCUUGUUUUCUGGCAUUUAGUCCGUUUUUGGUUUCUAUUUCGAUUUGCUUCCACUUGUCAUCUUGGUUUGAUCAUCUUGGGGUUUGGGGUUCCUGGAUGCAGGCAGUCGGAAUUGUUACUGAAUGUGAGUGUAAGGUUGAUGAUCUGACCCUUUUUUCUUUGAUUUUUUAGAUUUUAGUUCUGGAGUCCGUUGUGAUUGCUGCGGUCACUUUUGAUGCUUCUCUUUUGGGAAUUUUGAUGUACAUUUUAUCAUUAUGGCGGCUUAACGGGUUUGAUUGAAACCCAUUGGCGGGAGUUUUAGGGUUUUUCUUCUCAGUGGAAAGAUUGGGGUUCGCUGACUUCAAUUACAAUAAGUAUGCGCCGCUUUGCUCUGUUUCAUUCAACUGGUCUCCCCUCCUCUGAUCAAAGCAAUCGCCUUCUUUAACUCCUUGAUUUGCUCUUUAUGCGUCCAAUCUUUGCUAUAAACCUGACACUGCUUUCAUCUCCGUAGCUGAAAUGCAGUGAUAACGAACUUUGCUUAGUGUCUGCUGGAAAAUGGCGAUUGAUGGUCAGACAGUUGGCAAGGGGUUGAAGGAGGAGGCGGUGAUGAUAAUACUAUUCGGUGAAGAGAUUGAGAGUUUGUCCUACAAUUGGUUUGAUGGUUCAAAGGAAGAAUGCCAGAUAUUUUCCGAUAUUUUUUAUGGAGUAUCUCCUCAGGAUGAAAGUAAUAGUUGUGCUGUUUCGCGGGCUUCAAAUUUUCAUAGAGCUUCAAAUUCUCAUAGAGUUGGUGUUUGGGGCUGCAACAGAGAGGCUCGCAUUAAUUUUAACCUGGAAAAUUCAAACAUUACAAGCUGCUCUUCCAUGAACGAUGCAUCAGGUGAAGCACUAGAGCUUGCAAAAAUAGUCAAUUCUAAGGACACAGUUAGAUCAGAUUAUAUGCUUAAGAGCUUUGGAUCUGCUAAACUGAAUUCAAGGGAGAGCAGAUUGCUGCUCCCUGGUGUUUUGGAUAAAGAGAAUUUACAACGUUACGGCAACUAUCAUUACGAGAAUAGUGAAUUGGUAAAGCCAGUUUCCCAUGAUUAUCGGCCAUUCUCAUUCUGCAUUGUUGAAUCUUUUGCCCAUGGCAUCUUAUCGAGCUAUUAUUCUGUUAAACAGCUGUGCAGUAUGGAUGUUGCUUCCGAUAAUGUUAAUUGUGCAAUUUUGAAUCACAAAAGUUCAAUUCAAGAAAUUGGAGACAACAAGGUUAAGUUGGAUUCUGAUUUUGUGACUUCUCCAGUUUCUCAAGAGAGCAUUGCUUCUGGUCUUGUAAAGAGAAGAUCCACCGUUGAUGUUAAAGAAUACAGUGGAGUUGCUUCAUACAUGGACGAACCUGCACUUGAAACCUUAAAGAGACACCCGUCAGCAGGGUUUUCCAAGAGAGUUACGACUAGGGAAAUGGCAGAUCGACUCGAGUCAUAUGCACACGGCCUUCUUGCGGAUACAGGAUGGAUAAUUGAAACCCGUGUACGUAGGGAGAGAAGUAGAUUGGCUUUCCUUUUCAGGAAACCUGAUGAAGGGCUUGCUCGUUUUUCACUUUCUAGUGCUUGGAAGAAAUGUGGUGAGAGGCUUCUCUACACUGCUUCAGAAUCAGAAAAGGAUGAUCGGGUAAGAGAAUGGUCUGAUAUUAAUGAGUUUUGGAGUGAUUUGAAGGACAUACUUGCGUACAUUGAUAUGAACAUCUUGCAGCAAGAGAACAAACUGUCCUUUAUAAGACGAUGGCAGCUUCUUGAUCCUUUCCUCACAGUUGUGUUCAUUGAUAGAAAAUUAAGUAUUUUGCGAAUGGGGAAAUUGCUGCGAGCUGUAAAUAGUGCAACUCUUAUUCCCGGGUGUAGCAAAGAUAUGUGUGAUGUAAAUAUGAACGAAAGCAGGAAAAGGAAAUCAAAAUGUUUGUCCAGUAAAUGCAAGUUGGCUGAAAACCAUCUACUUGCUUUAAAUCCUACAGAAACUCCAUACAAUUUUGGUUGUGAUAGUCCUGUCAGUUCUGAUUUAGAAAGUGAGAAUCCAUGUGGCUCUGCCUGUAAAUUACUUGCUGAGAAUGCAUUACAGCAAGAAACAACAAGCUUGCUACAUAAGUCAUCCCUUGAUCAACUAGAAAGUCAAUCAUUUAAUGAGACGAAUGGAUUCUCAAUGAAAGAGAAGCUUGUUCAUGGGUUAGCCCUGACUAAUGCUACUGAAAUAUCCUUAGGUUUAAAAAGUGCAGAUGCUUUCUCUGCUAAAGAAACGUCUCCUGUAAAGUUGCAGAACUAUUUGCUUAAAAAAGCACACAAGAAAUCUAAGAAAAUAUCUAAAAUCAAAGAAGCUGAAGUUCCUGGAAGGAAGAGCAGACCGAUAUCAAAAAGAAAACACAGAGAGAAUGUCGUGCACAGCUUGGAUGACAGUAAUAGUAAUCUUCCAGAUCUUCCAUGCAAUGAAGCUUCUGAUAUGUUGACUUCAGAAUGCUUGGAGCCGUCACUGUUUCUGAAAAGGCGAACCGGUAAUGUGCUAAGCACCUCUGAGGACGAAAGUUCACAUACAUCUAAAAUUCAAGAUUAUAUAAAGAUAGAUAAGAGGACUCUGAAAUUGGAAAACAAAACAGCUAGAAGAUUGACCAAAGACAUGAACGAAAUACCAUUCAUUCCUGCAAAGGAAAAAACUGCAAUUACUUCCUCUAGCUUAAGUGAAGGUCAGGAUGGUAUGCUGCUUCACAAGCUAAUGAAAAAUGGAUAUAAUGAUACUGUUUCAUGUUUUGAUAACCAUUCUACUGUGAUAUCAUUAUAUAAGUCUCCUACCAAGUCCAGGAAGAUUAAGCACCAGUGUUCUAAUUCAAAGGAAGCAUUUGUCACAACAUGUGAUGUAAACAUUCGUAAAACAUCCUGGGUUAAGGACAGUGGAGAGAAAGUUUUUUCACCCAUUGAAGGUCUGUGUCGGGGUUCUGAUAAGAGCCAUAAAGUUUGGAAGGCUAUUAAGUCAGAGGAUCGGAAGGGAGGUGGGAAAAAGAGAUCACAUUUCUUCCAUUUCAAUGAUGAUGAUCUUUUGAUUUCAGCUAUAUUAAAGAAGAAAGAUGUUGGUGUCUCUUGUAAGAAGUUUCCUUCAGAGCCAGAAUUUCCUCAACUGGAACCAUUGAGAAAGAUGAAGAGUCAAAAGCGGGGUUGCAGGUUACUUCCGAGGAAUCUUGGAAGUGAUGGAAAGCUUUCCACGGACGGAAAACAAUUCUUUGUGGGAACAAGAACAAUAUUAGGCUGGUUGAUUGACAUGGCUGUUGUAUCUCUCAAAGAUGUUAUUGAAUUUCGAGAGGGAAAUAAUCAUGAGGUGAUCAAAGAUGGCUGGCUUACAAGGGAUGGAAUUAUCUGCAAUUGCUGCUCUCAAUUUUUUUCUGUUUCAGGGUUUAAGGCUCAUGCAGGUUUGAGGCAACAGAGACCUUCUUUGAAUCUUUACCUGAAAUCUGGUAGGCCAUACACAGUCUGUCAGCUUCAGGCAUGGUCUGCGGAAUACAAAUUGAGGAAAGGGCGCUUGAAAGUUAUGAAUGUUGUGGAGGUGGAUCAAAAUGAUGAUACCUGUGGUAUAUGUGCUGACGGUGGUGAGCUGAUAUGCUGUGAUAAUUGCCCAUCUACAUACCAUCAAUCAUGCUUGUCUGUACAGGAACUUCCAGAAGGGAGCUGGUAUUGUGCUAAUUGUACUUGUAAAAUCUGCAACAACCUGGCUUGCAAGAAAGGGGAUUCAGGUUUCUUGGCUGUGUUUGUAUGCUCGCAAUGUGGACAUAAAUAUCAUGGAACAUGCAUCAUUGACAAAGUUGCUCAUUGCGGGUAUGUUGGAUCUAAUACCUGGUUUUGUGGAGAUAAAUGUAAGAAGGUUUUUUGGGGCUUGCGAUCUAGCGUUGGGAUGCCAAACCUUCUUGAGGAUGGAUUUUCAUGGACUAUUUUGCGAUGCAAUCAUGAUGAUCAAAAUGUUUAUUCCCCAUUAAAAAUUGCAUUAAUGGCAGAAUGUCACUCGAAGUUGGCAAUAGCGUUGAGUUUAAUGGAAGAAUGCUUUCUUCCCAUGGUGGAUCCUAGAACUGGCAUUGACAUUGUACCAAAUGUCUUAUACAAUUUGGGGUCAAGCUUUCCUCGCCUAAAUUGUGAAGGAUUUUACUCUAUUAUCUUAGAGAAGGGUGAUGUACUUAUUUCUGUGGCAUCAAUAAGGGUGCAUGGAGUAAAAGUAGCAGAAAUGCCUCUUAUUUCAACAUGCGGUCUUCAACGUCGUAAAGGAAUGUGCAGGCGUCUUAUGAAUGCAAUUGAAACGAUGUUAAGGACAUUCCAGGUUGAGAUGAUUGUUCUCUCAGCAAUUCCCAGCUUAGUUGAAACUUGGAUGGCUGGAUUUGGUUUCAGUGUUAUUGAAGCUGAAGAGAAAAAACUGCUCGAUGAUGUCAACUUGAUGCUACUCCCUGGGACAGUACUUCUGAAGAAGAAACUAUGUGAUUCAUUUCUAGAAGGAGGAGUAAAUGAUCAUAUUUUUUCAACACAAAAUGAAUCACAGAUUUUGGUGGGCUUUGACCGAAAGAAAAAUGUUGAACCAUCGCAAUGGUCUUCCGAAAAUGGUGGAUUGGAAUUUGAUGUAGAGUCGGUGUUCUCAAGUUCCGGAAAGCUUGAACAGCAGGGUCACUGUCUGCUGAACAGACAAGGAUCCGAGGUUUGCUGAUUAUGUCCUUGCUGCUUAAGGAAAUAUUGAUUGACUCGUACAGUUGGCUUCUGUGUUGAAACUUCAUUUCACUGAUUGGUAUCUGGUAUCAAAUAAAUGGAACCCAGGAACAGUGAAGGCUUAAGAUCUUCCAUGCCUACUUAUUUGGAGUCUUUCUAUGAUCCCGCUUACUUACUGAGCCUUGGAUGUUUCUAUAAGAUUUCUUAUGCUACACUUUUGGUGUUACGCUAAUAUUAUCUCUCUUCAAUCUACGGAAAAGUUACUGUUUGGAGUUGAAGCUCUGAGGUAGUUUGAUGUUUGUUUUAAUCCAAAUACAAGUCACAAAGAGUUGAGUGAUGUUUUGUGAGGCUUGUUGGAGGUGAAAGGAUGAAGACCUAAGUUUUUACUUGAAUAUGACAUGAAAACCUUGAUGCGAGCGAGUAUCAAGUUUGAGUGUGCUCCGCGAUGCUAGAUGCUACUUUCAAGUAUCAAAAAGAACACAGCACAAACAAAAAAAAAAAAAAAAAAAACCUUCAGAAGGUAUAUUUGCAAAAGUCUUAUGCUAUGAUGGGCGAGGUGCAUUUCUAUUCCGGCAUUAAAAUACAGUUGUGAUUAUUCACAGCAAUCAAUAAGCAAACAGCCAUCUGGGGUGAUCUGCAUUUCCUCCUCCAUAAGAAUUUACGAACUAAUUGUUAAACUAUGAAUCCUUUCAAAUAGUUGUUUUAGACCAAAUAUUUCUUUUUUGCUUAACAAAUACUCACAUAGUAUGUUAAUC